CUGGAGAGCUGUUCUCAGUUAGGACUGGAAACCAGCAGUACUACAGGCAACUUCAGGAAACUGUCAGACUUCAAAGUGUUUCUUUCACUGUUAACCGAUGAAGAAUGGGGGAGAUAGAAGGAACAUACAGGGUCCUGCAGACAGCUGGUACGCGCUUAAGUACUCAGACCCCAGUGGGCGUGAGCACCCUUGAGCCAGGGAAAAUGCUGUCACCCAGAGUGCCGGAGAAGCACACACGUGUCAGAGUGAAGCUGCUAGACAACACGGUGGAAAUAUUCAACAUCGAGCCCAAGUACGACGGCCAAGUUCUGCUGAUGCAGGUGUGGAAGCAUUUAAAUCUGAUUGAAUGUGACUACUUCGGUUUGGAGUUUCAGAACAUCCAGUCCUACUGGAUUUGGCUUGAACCUAUGAAACCCAUCAUUAGGCAAAUACGAAGGCCAAAGAAUGCAAUGCUUCGCCUAGCAGUAAAAUUUUUCCCACCUGAUCCUGGCCAAUUACAAGAAGAGUUUACAAGGUACUUGUUCGCCUUGCAGCUCAAGAGAGACCUGUUGGAGGAGCGCUUGACUUGUGCCACCUCUACAGCAGCCCUCCUCACAUCCCACCUGCUGCAGGCGGAAAUAGGAGAUUAUGACGAAGCCCUGGACCGAGAGCAUUUGAAAGCCAAUGUGUACUUGCCCAGCCAGGAACAGGCUUUCGAAAAGAUCCUGGCCUUCCAUCAGAGGCACACGGGCCAGACGCCUGCUGAGUCAGAUUUCCAGGUGCUGGAAAUUGCUCGGAAGUUGGAAAUGUAUGGCAUCAGGUUUCACACAGCUUCUGACAGGGAGGGGACCAAGAUUAACCUGGCUGUUUCCCACAUGGGUGUCCUUGUGUUCCAGGGCACCACCAAAAUCAACACCUUCAACUGGUCCAAGGUCCGUAAACUAAGUUUCAAGAGGAAAAGAUUUCUUAUCAAACUCCACCCCGAGGUCCAUGGACCCUACCAGGACACGCUAGAAUUCUUGUUGGGUAGCAGAGAUGAGUGUAAGAACUUCUGGAAGAUUUGUGUGGAGUACCACACCUUUUUUAGGCUUCUUGACCAGCCUAAGCCAAAGGCAAAAGCCGUCUUCUUCAGCCGGGGCUCCUCCUUUAGAUACAGUGGAAGAACACAGAAGCAGCUAGUAGAUUAUAUUAAAGAUGGUGGGAUGAAAAGAAUUCCAUAUGAAAGGCAGCACAGCAAGACCCGGACAUCAGUACAUGUUCUGACUGCAGACCUGCCAAAGCAGAGCAUCACAUUCACCGAGGGCUUGAGAUCUGCCUCUCUGUCUUCAGCAAACGCCGCCUCUUAUCCACUCGCUACCUCCCCUUUGUCCCCACCCGGCCUGCCUGAUUUCAAGGACAGAAGCAGCUCCCUCGUGGAUCCCCAGGCUCCCUACAUCACCAGUGCAGCUGUCAAGAAUGUGGCCACAAUGAGGAGCAGUGGAGCAGCUGAAAGGCCCAGCGCCCCAUUGGCCCAGCCUCUCCGGUCCCCUGUGCUCCAGUCUAGACCAGGCCUUGCGGUGGACAGUCCUCAGCCUACUUCCAGCCAGAAGAGUCCACUGAGCCUGAGCCCUGUGUCUCAGGCGGCUCUGGGCCCCACUGAGCAGGGCUCAUGCCCCCUGCUCAGUCCUGUUCUUAGUGAUGCUGGUGGACCCAGGACGGAAGACCAGGACGAGCCGAGGCACAAGCGCAUGCCAGAAGAUGAGGCCUAUUUCAUAGCCAAGGAGAUUCUUGCUACAGAACGAACAUACCUAAAGGAUUUAGAAGUUAUUACUGUGCUCCUCCCACAGUGGUUCCGCAGUGCAGUAGUCAAGGAGGAUGCCAUGCCUGCAGCCCUGAUGACCCUGCUUUUCUCCAACAUUGAUCCUGUAUAUGAAUUCCACAGAGGCUUCCUGCGUGAGGUGGAGCACAGGCUGGCGAUCUGGGAAGGGCCCUCCACUGCCCAUACAAAAGAUAAUCAUCAACGAAUUGGGGACAUCCUACUCAGGAACAUGCGUCAGUUAAAGGACUUUACCAGCUACUUCCAAAGACACGACGAAGUCCUGACAGAACUGGAAAAGGCCACCAAGCGCUAUACAAAGCUGGAGGCGGUGUACAAAGAGUUCGAGCUCCAAAAAGUCUGCUACCUGCCACUCAACACCUUCUUGCUGAAGCCCAUCCAGCGGCUGGUGCACUACCGCCUGCUGCUGAGCCGGCUGUGCAGGCACUAUACACCCGGACACCACGACUAUGCCGACUGCUGCGACGCCCUGAAGACCAUCACGGAGGUGACUGCUACUCUCCAGAACAGUCUCAUCCGGCUAGAGAACCUGCAGAAGCUGAUGGAGCUGCAGCGGGACCUGGUCGGGGUGGAGAACCUCAUCGCUCCUAGCAGGGAGUUUAUCCGUGAGGGUUGCCUCCACAAGCUCACCAAGAAGGGUCUACAGCAGAGGAUGUUCUUCCUGUUUUCUGAUAUGCUGCUGUACACAAGCAAGGGCAUCAUGGGGAGCAGCCACUUCCGGAUCCGGGGCCUCCUUCCACUACAUGGCAUGCUGGUAGAAGAGAACGAGAAUGAGUGGUCUGUUCCUCACUGCUUCACCAUUUAUGCAGCUCAGAAAACAAUCGUGGUGGCAGCCAGCACUCAGCAGGAAAAAAAGAAGUGGAUGAUGGACCUGAGCACUGCAAUCCAGGCAGCCAAGAAUAGCAGCAGAGGUGACAUGUCCCCAGGACUGCCAGGAAGCCCUUUGUGUACGCGUCCCCCUCGGUCCUCUGAUGAGGUCGUGCUGGAACAGGAGCCAGAAGACACCACUCAGUGCCCUGGAAGCUCCCUGGAAGGGCAGGGCCAGCACCGAGCCAACACCACAAUGCACGUGUGCUGGUACCGGAACACAACUGUGUCCAGGGCAGACCACAGCGCUGCUGUUGAGAACCAGCUUUCAGGAUACUUGCUAAGAAAAUUCAAGAACACCAAUGGCUGGCAGAAGCUCUGGGUGGUCUUUACCAACUUUUGUUUGUUCUUCUACAAGACUCACCAGGAUGACCACCCCCUGGCCAGCCUCCCACUGUUGGGCUACAGCGUGAGUGUCCCCAGGGAGGCAGAUGGCAUCCACAAGGACUACGUUUUCAAGCUCCAGUUCAAAUCCCAUGUCUACUUCUUCCGGGCUGAGAGCAAGUACACAUUCAAGAGGUGGAUGGAGGUAAUUGAAAGAGCCAGCAGCUCGUGUGGUGCCCCAAGCCUGGCACAGGACAGCCCAUGGCCCUGCUCAGAGGUGGAGGGGGUGUUCAAGAAGAAGGAAGAGUGAAGCCCACCUUGGCUAGGCCAGGACUUGCUGCAGAGAACUGCUCAUACCAGAGAUGGCCAUCCCCGUCCUCAGGCUGCACUGAGGAACAGAGGUGGCAAAGUGCGGUGACCCUCAGGUUGCAGUGCAGGCCUGGACAGAUAUCUCACUCUUGAGACCUCAGUGGGGAGACACAAUUACCCUGGGAUGGGGACAAGGACCAUGGGACUUUAGAUGGGCCCCAGAGCCUGGUCUACAGGUCAUAGCAAGCUGAGAAUCAGGAAAAAGCUUCUCUCAUUCCCAUCCCCUCUACCUCUGGAGAAGAGGAAACCAAAGCCCCCUGCAGCCCUGGGAGGGUGGGGCCUCCUCCACCUUUUUAUCUUCCCUGGACACAGACACAUGACUCCUGCUCAGGCAUGUGAUUACAAAUAAACAUCAUC